GGUGUGUCUUGCUCUUUGCUGGUUCCUGCUUGCUGUUUGCCCAGCCAUGCCCGCCUGUCUUGGAGCCAAUUGAGUGUAGACUGAAACCUCUAAAAACUCCACCACUGGCCACUCCACUCCUUCCUUCCCUUCCUCAGACCUAACAGAUGGUGCCGGGACUCGACAGCAGGUGAGAAACUCCUGGGAUUUUCCCAGUUUUUUGGUCCCCUGCUGUUCAAGAUUCUUCACUUCUACACUCACAAAUCCUAAGUUCGACUGCUGCUUCUCAACCAACACCCACCAGGUGAGUAACUCCCCGGAGAUAGCCACUGGGCCAGGCUCACGCGGAUUUUCUCCCCUCUAGCGUGGGUUCAUGACCCUUUCGAAUCUUUUAGACAGCCCAUACCUAGGCCCUCACCUUUUUUUCCAGAGAUUUUGGGGCUCUCUAGGCAAGCUGAUGUGAGCCCACACUAAAAAACCCUCAUUUUAAAGCUUUUUACCUUUCCUGCCAGCUUCCCUGUCCCUUUGUCUCCUCCAGGAUCCCUCCCUCUCCCCACACAUAAAGAGAUAACAGCCACUGAACCAGGCUCUUUGUUUCCCAGCACGCGCUCCCUUCCCCCUCUCUCCCCAUCCCGCACGCCCGGCGUUCCUUCGUUCCCGCUCCGGCGGCAGCGCGUCAUCGGCAGCGGGAGGGGGGUCACCGGCAGUCCGGCAAUCAAGAGGCGAUCUCCUGCGGGGGGGGGAGGGGGCGGACACCCAGGGGGCCGGCGCCGCGACUCUGGAUGCGAGCUGGGCCCUUCCCAUAGAUUGCCCCAGCUGCCAUACCCGGCCCGGCCCACUCGUGCCAGGCUCCUCUCCCUCCCCCCUCCCACUGCGCUAAUAGCUCCCUUUGUUUCCAGUGUGCACCAACCCAUCCCCCGUCACCACCACGGAGAUUAAAAUGAGACUAGACAAUAAGAGAUUCACAUAAAACUGCUCUAGAUUUUAAACAGCUUUUUUUCUUUUCGCUCUCACAUCGUGUUCCAAUUCUGUGGGCCCCACAGUUUCGGCCUCUCGCCCAGCCCGUCCUGUGCUGCACCAGCUCAUUGGAGCUGGUCAUUUCCACCGCUGGCGGAUGCCCGCGAGACUCCGCGCCAUGGCUCCAGCCAUUGCUGCUGCCCCGACCCGGGCGCCCCACGCGGCCGCCGGGCUCUCGCUCAGCACAUUCCAUGCUGCGCCAACUCAUUCGAGCCGAUCAUUUCCGCUGCUGGCGGAUACCCACGAGACUGUCCGCGCCGCAGGUUCCCUCACAGACACGCCGCAGGUUCCCUCACAGACACGCUGGCUCCUGCGGGCCGCAGCAGGCCGUGCCCCUGACCGCGCCACCACCCGCGCCCACCGCCACGUCCCCGACCGUGGUGCCCCCGCCCGAACGCGCUGUGCCCCCCCCUGCCCACACACUCGAGCUACAGCAGCCAUCCAUCCGUGACGCCAGGUGUCACUUCUGGCCACUACUACGGGCCUCCAAGCCCCACUCCCUUAUGCGGUCGCAGCUAAAAUACAUCAUUUCCCUGCGCUGCUUAGCGCGUCAUAGUAAGUGUCUGGGUGGGACCUCAGCCCACCCCGCCUACUGUGUCCCGUGUUCGCCCUGCCCACUCUUCAUGUUCCUUGCCAGCCCGCCCCUCCGCGGCACCAGGCACACAGGCUGCCACUGCCGCCCUACCGCACCGGACACGCACCAGCCGCGUGCCACAGCUGCCAUAGUUCCGUGGCACCAGGCGCCACCUCUGAUCACCACUGCAGGCCUCCAAGCCCCACCCCCUUACACGGUUGCAGUUUCCUGCGCCCUCUUAGCGUGUCACAGUAAGCGUCUGGGUGGGACCUCAGCCUGCCCCACCUACUGUGUCCCGGCGUUUGCCCCGCCCACUCUGCAUGUUCCAUGUCAGCCCCCCUCCUGCCUGCUGUGUGGUGGUGCUCAUCCCGCCCCAAGCACAACUCUGCUCUCUUCCUACAGGUGCUAUCUCAGCAUCUCAAGCUGCCUUAAACACUUCGCGUUUCCAAAGUCUCGUGGCCCUGCCCAAACUUUUUUUUACAAUUCAGUUCCACUCAAGAGAGGCUAUUUUUUUUCUUACAAUUUUUCUACCAUUUAUUCACUAUUAUUGGCCACCUGAUAAUUUUACCAACCUGCCUGCCUUAUAAUCUUAAAUGCCAAUAUUAAGCUCCUACAUAAUUACUUAAUUCUACAGAUAACUUUUACUAUAGUCCUGAUCUCAAACAACAAGGCAAAACUUGACCUUCAAGCUCUACAGAGACCUUGCUAUGGUUGUUCCUAUUUUAAAUAACACUUACAAUUCUGAGACAGAUACAUCUACACAAGGUAAAGCUACCUCCCCCUCCACCCCCGCCAUGGGCCACACUCAAAUUCAUCAUAAGACAUCAAACAAAAUCCCCCAUGCUGGCAUUCUUCGAGACCUUACUCCAGGGCUGUUUAGGCUAUCCUGGCCACCAGAGAGUGGCCUGGCCAUCCUACCUUGUAGCCCUCACAGGUCACUGCCAAAAGAUCUUAUUCCAGGGCUGGGUUAUCCUGGCCACCCUAACUGGUAACCCUCACAGGUCACAGGGGCCAACCACCUUGGUGGAUAUCUGUCUCAGAAUCCAAAUCACAUUAAAACUCUCAAGGUAAGACAUUCUCUAUAUUCAUGGACAUAAGAGACCACAUAUACAGAGUUCUUACUGAGUUUUUAGGCUAAUAAAUCCUCAAUGUCUCAUGGAGUAUUGAAGGUCAACCUAUGCCAGUUACAAACAGGGCCCAUUUUUAUACAGGUCCCAGUCCUAAAUCUUAAAAUGCUUUUAUUCCCUUUUAAACUGCCAUCCUGGUUUCACAUCACUCAGGCCCUAGAUCUAACCAUCCUUUUGAUACUCAUCUCUGCCUUACGACUCACAGGUUGUCAUGUUUUGUUGUCCAGUUUGAUUCUUAAUUUCUUACAUUCUAUUAAUGAUCAUUUCUAUAGCAGGACUCUCUAACAGGAUUGCCUACAGACUCCAACGUCAUAUAUACCAGAGACAAGCCUUACCUACCUACCUUUUAACUUUUAUGCUUUCAUAUGGGGGAAUAAUCACCUCUCAUAACUUCACUCCUCCUAAUCCCACGUUUAAUUUUUCAGAAUCCUGCCUUGCCACCUCAAAGUCAUCCUGAUAGAAUAACAGGUCUAAAUCAAAGACACCUUUCCCUCUACCUCACUUGGGUCCAUAAAUAUGACAGUGCCAUGUCUCCUCAUAACAUCUUGUUUCUUUGUUUUUUCCAGUCUAACAUACGUGCAUUCACCAGUGAAGUUGUCCUGGCUAAAACACCUAACAUCAGCGUCUACCUGGGCAUCAACCUUCAUCCCGUUGACUCCCCUAGACCCCAAUACAGCGCCCUCAGCCAGCAGGAAGUAGUUACAGAGAGAAAUCUUCGCCCCUUUUCCUAAUAAUCAUAAGACGGGAUAUGAAAGGGUUGCUGGCCCAGACCGGACACUUUAACCAGGAGAAGCCUCAGCCAAAUUAAGGAGCUCCUGCCUCCCCCGCCCCUUAGAGAUUUACCUGUAACCCUAUACCCCUGCGCUUAGUAACCUGCCUCUGGCACCAAACGUGUGCCAACGGGCUACCUGUGCAUCCCUAAUGCCCCUUGGGGUCCACCCCAGACAAGGACUACUUAUGUGACUCACUCCACGUGUUCAAGAAGAGUGAGUGUUCCAGAGAGAGACUGCCGGCCCUGGGGUGGAGAUGCUGCGCCCCGGGGGCCGGGGGUCUCUCCCCGCAUUCCCGAAAUAAACGUUACUUAUAUUUUA